AUGGCCCGGGAAGAGCAGGCGGCUGGCGGAAAAGGGACGGAGCUGGGAAAUCCUAAGGACGGGAGCCCAGGGGAGAUCCCGGGGCCGCCGCUCCGCCGUUACCUAUCGGAGCCGGAGCCGGAUCUGGAGGUCGGAGACGGGCCGGGGGAGUACCGCAGUGCUGUGCCGCAACACGGCGGCCGGAGCCGGGGGGGGGACCCCCGCUGGCUUCUCCCGUUCAGCUCGGCCGCCGGCCGGGAGCCACGGGGCCGGCGGCGGGGACCGGGCCAGGACGCAUCAUCUCCCCCAGCGCUCGCAUCCCGCGGGGGGCGAGCUUUUCGGGAGGGUCUCCGGCGCGGAGGAGAGACGCCACGGGUGUCUCCCUCUCCGGGUCUCCGUCCUCCCCUCCGCGGGGGCUCCCGGCUCCCCGCCAGCCCUUCGCCGGGGCUCCGUCACCCCGCCGUCAAUCACCCGGUCCGCGGUCAAGGAACCCGGACCCAGACGGGGAGAAAAGUGAUGCGGGGGACGGACCCCGGGGAGGGAGGGGGGGGGGGAAAGACAGAAAAAAUCAGCAUCGUCCGCGCCCCCGGGGCUCCUUCGGGGGGCGGCCGGACGGGCCGGUUGGGGGCACCGCCACCGCAGCCCCCCCCGAGCCCGGGACGGACGGACACGCACCUUACCUCCCCGGUCCGGAGGGCUCCCCGGCCGCCGCGCUCUCCGCAGUUUCUGCGCUGGCGCGUCUCGGCGCCGCGGAGUCGGGCUCCUGGGCGCACACGCCGGCUCGCCCCAGUCUCCCCGCCCGCCGCGGCCCCAGACCCAGGCACCCGGCCGCGGGCGGGCCCGGAGCCAGCCGGGGACCGUCACACGCCCGCACCCCUCAGCUCCCUUCUCCUUCCCCGCGGGCGGCCCCCGCUCGACGCCCCCUCCCCCGGGGCGCGGCGGCCUCUGUCCGGACGCCCCGUCCUCCCCAUCUGGGAUGGACGCACCCCCGGCCCCCCGUUUCCCGGGGUGCCCCGGCAGGGCGGGGCCUCCCCUCCCCCGGGACCCCCGGAGCCCCCCGUACCGUCCUCCGAGAGCCGUGCCCUCGGGCCCCCGGCCGCCGUCCGCCCGGGACCUCCGGCCACCGGGAUGGGGGAUGAGGGAUGA